AACAAAAGGAAGAAAAGGAUUAAGGAAGGAAAAGGUGAUUCAAGAAGAGCCGUCAUGUCGGGGCGACCGAGAACCACCUCUUUUGCAGAGAGCUGCAAGCCAGUGCAGCAGCCUUCAGCUUUUGGUAGCAUGAAAGUUAGCAGAGAUAAAGAUGGCAGCAAGGUGACCACAGUGGUGGCAACUCCUGGACAGGGUCCUGACAGGCCACAAGAAGUCAGUUACACAGACACUAAAGUGAUUGGAAAUGGGUCAUUUGGUGUGGUGUAUCAAGCCAAACUUUGUGAUUCAGGAGAACUGGUCGCCAUCAAGAAAGUUUUGCAGGACAAGCGAUUUAAGAACCGAGAGCUCCAGAUCAUGAGAAAGCUAGAUCAUUGUAACAUAGUCCGAUUGCGGUAUUUCUUCUACUCAAGUGGUGAGAAGAAAGAUGAGGUCUACCUUAAUCUGGUGCUGGACUUUGUUCCGGAAACAGUGUACAGAGUUGCCAGACACUAUAGUCGAGCCAAACAGACACUCCCUGUGAUCUAUGUCAAGUUGUAUAUGUAUCAGCUGUUCAGAAGUUUAGCCUAUAUCCAUUCCUUUGGAAUCUGCCAUCGAGAUAUUAAACCACAGAACCUCUUGUUGGAUCCUGAUACAGCUGUAUUAAAACUCUGUGACUUUGGAAGUGCAAAGCAGCUGGUCCGAGGAGAACCCAAUGUUUCAUAUAUCUGUUCUCGGUACUAUAGGGCACCAGAGUUGAUCUUUGGAGCCACUGAUUAUACCUCUAGUAUAGAUGUAUGGUCUGCAGGCUGUGUGUUGGCUGAGUUGUUGCUAGGACAACCAAUAUUUCCUGGGGACAGUGGUGUGGAUCAGUUGGUGGAAAUAAUAAAGGUCCUGGGAACACCAACAAGGGAGCAAAUUAGAGAAAUGAACCCAAAUUAUACAGAAUUCAAAUUCCCUCAAAUCAAGGCACAUCCUUGGACAAAGGUCUUCCGGCCCCGAACUCCACCAGAGGCAAUUGCACUGUGUAGCCGUCUACUGGAAUACACACCAACCGCCCGACUGACACCACUGGAAGCUUGUGCACAUUCGUUUUUUGAUGAAUUACGGGACCCAAAUGUAAAACUACCAAAUGGGCGAGACACACCUGCACUCUUCAACUUUACCACUCAAGAACUGUCAAGUAACCCACCUCUGGCCACCAUCCUUAUUCCUCCCCACGCUCGGAUUCAAGCAGCUGCUUCCACCCCUACGAACGCCACUGCAGCCUCAGAUACUAAUGCUGGAGACCGUGGACAGACCAAUAAUGCCGCUUCUGCAUCAGCUUCCAACUCCACCUGAACAGCCCCAAGUAGCCAGCUGCGCAGGAAAAACCAGCAGUUACUUGAGUGUCACUCAGCAACACUGGUCACGUUUGGAAAGAAAAUUAAAAAGAGGAAAAAAACAAAAACAAAAAACCCUGUUCAUUUUAGUGUUCAAUUUUUUUAUUAUUGUUGUUCUUAUUUAACCUUGUAAAAUAUCUAUAAAUACAAACCAGUUUCAUUGUAUUCUCACUUUUAAGGAGAUCCAAGGGGUGGGAGGGCUGGGGUGGGGGGAGGAGAGGAGCACUAGAACACACAAUCUCUCCCACGACAAUCUUUUCUUUUCUUUUUUUAAAUCAGACGUCUGCUAUUGUAUACCUUAAAGACCAGACUCCUGCCUCAUGCCCCCACCACAAGAGAAGAAAACCUGUUCUGUGCUUGUUUAUUUUCUGAUUUUGUUUUCUUUUAAAGUCUGGUGUAGGACUUUGAUACAGUGCACAGCUUGAAAUUGGUUGGGAGCUUAGCAGGUGUACUCAACAGGGACUUAAUGUCACCUGUAAAAUGUAUACAUAGCCUCGGGUAUUUGAAGACUUGCCUUUGGCAGGUUGAUGGCAGGUGUGACAGACCAAAAAAAAAAAAAAAAAAAGAGAGAGAGAGAGAGAGAAGAAAUGUGUAUUGUUCAUAGCCCAGGGAGGUCACUAAGUCUGAAACUUAUAAGGAAAGAUUUGUGAUUGGUUAUUUAAGGUUUGUUUUGCUCUUGACCAGUGCAAGUGUUGCAGAUGCUGGCUUAGGAAGGCUGCAAGGAGAGCCACAGCUGCAUGCCCUGGGGUGGAUCUUGGUUCACCUGACCAAAGGCUGUCUGCAUAACUUAAUGCUGUUUUGAGGUGGUGCCCUGAGAUGAGAUUGGAGAUGGUGAUAAGCCAGCAGCUCUGGGUGCAUCAGAAGGCAAAUGACAGGAAGGCAGCAGGCCAGGGGCAGAUCUCACCACUGUGAAUGAAUUUGUCCAGAGUUUUCUAAAGUUAUUUCCCUUAGAAAAAUACACUUGAGAGAAGACAUUGUAGCUAAAUAAUGUGAACUGUAACAGUCUACUGCUUUUUUUUUCAUAUUUUAAUUGAAAAUCAAGCUUGCAAGACUUUCCACGUUCUUAAACAUAGUUCUAAUUUUAAAUCCAAAUCUAGACUGUAUAUUUAAUUUCUGCUUUUUAACAUCAUGCUUUUUAAAUUUAUUUAUUGAUGCAUGUCAGAUAGGCCAUUAUGAUUUUAAGUGGUAGGCAUAUUAAAAACCACACAUCAAAAUGAUAAAGUCACCUGUACCUGCUGACUUUAUAGGAAAACUGAUUAUAUCAAUGUGUGUAUAUGUUAUAUAUACAUAUAUUCAAUACUGCCUUUUCUUUUUGUCUAUAAUAUCAAAAUUGACUGACUGAAUCAUGAAAAGAAUGUUCCCUCAAUCAUUAAGAGUUUUGUUUUAGUUUUCUAUGUUUAUCAAUGAAUGGUGUAAGAAUCAGUCUCUUGUUAUUUGAAGACAAAGCAAUAUUCCUUGGAAAGCAAGGAUGAUUGAAGGAUUACGUUUGAGUGAGGAACAGAAUUCAUAACUAGUUUGUUGAUCCUUUUAAGGUUGGUAUCUUUGUGGGCCUUAUAUACUCUAAAAUGAACCUUGGUGCUUAUGGGCCAUUACUUGACCUAUGAAUCUUUAAGGCACAAUCAGUUACCUUUCACAUUUAAAGAUCACUUGAGUGAUGGCCACCUAUCCUUCCUCCCUCUCCUUCCCCAGUGUCUGCUAAGGUCAGCAAAUGAUGAGACCUACAGAGCCCUUGGCUGUGUGUGGCCUCCUUUGCCCUCGUUACCACCUUCAGUCAUUGGGGUGGGGUCCUGCCCUCCAGGUGGGUGGAAAGAGGGGUCUCUUGGCAGCCCUUGUCCAGGCCCUAGCACCCUGUCAUGCCUCUUCGACCGCGUCUGUAACUCUCCACGAGAGUUGCGCUGCCUGCCGAAAUGAAUCGAUAGUAGAGAGACAGCAGCGAGCCAUCUGACUUCUCACUCACUGUGCGGCUACGCUCUUUGGGCCACAAAAGGGGCAUCUCAAACCUCUGCUUCUAUCAGAGUUCACAAGAACGGAAGCAUGCUUAGUCAAACCAAAUCAAACAAAUAGGCUUUUACUUUCUGUGAAGUGCUUCCGAGAGAUAGAGUUUGAAAGAAUUCUGACAUCAAAGUAUUUGACAGCAUAGUUCCUAGAAGGGGUGACUUGGAAGGCCGUUUUCAGAAAGAAUUUGUAAAGAGUCUGAAUAAGUGGUUCUGUGGCCUAAGAGGGGAACCUGCUUUCAGAUAAAACUGCCCAGCCAGACACAGACACUACUCUGGACUUGGUGUACUUGCUAGAGUCCAUAAAAAUCAGUGCUUGCUUUUAGCAAAUACUCCCCACCGCCCAGAUGGGGUAAGAGAAGAGCAAGGUUAGGUGCUUUUCUCUAACCUGUGUGCGUGCGUGAUGUGUGUUUCUGUGUGUGUGCAAGCGUGAUUGUGUGUGUGUGUGUGUGUGUGUGUGUGUGUGUGUGUGUGUGGGCUGAGGUGCACGAUUUUUCUUUCUCAAGGAUCAUGGCAGGAUCACAGAACUUAUACAAGUGAGAUCCAGGUGUCUGAAUAUCUUUUUGUAAAUAAUAAUAAUUAAAAGCUCCUCACCAAAUUCAAGCUUGUAUAUUAUAUUUUCUUUCGAUGUUUUUAAAUUUAAGUUUUAUUGUUUUGUAUGUAAAUAUGUGGACCCAGGAACUGUUAUUAAUGAGCAAAAAGUUACUGUUCAGGGCAGUGAUUCUGUUUAAUAACCAGACAAAAAUGUAGACGAGCUUUUUAAAGCCAUAUAGUUUUGACUCUGUACAGUAGGUACCGGCCUGUAUUAUUGUAACAAUAACUCUAGCAAUGUAUAGUGUAUCUAUAUAGUUUGGAGUGCCUUCGCUUCCGUGUAUUUGGUUUUGUUUUGUUUUUUUAAUUGACUUCCUUUAUCCAUGUGUCCCUGUCAGUCCCCUUUCCGUCUGAAGUUACAAGGUAACAGCACCUUUGCCCCCUCCACAGUUUGAGUAGGGGAGAGGAAACUGUGUUUGAAAUCUCAUUUCAUUGUAGCCUUGCCUUUCUUUGGUUCUGGGUGUGUCUGUCUCCUCAGUAACAGCGACCGGUUUCAUUUCACACUUAGUCCAUGCAGGGACUUGGUAGAGCGCAGGGAGUCCUAGAGCUGGAGGAUGUCAGAUCGAUUGGGUUUGGCUCAUCUUUUCCUCAAGCCCUAAAGCAGGCCUUGCAGCAGAUUGGGAAGAUCCCACUCUCACUCUGCCCCCACCUACUGCCCUCCCAACCAAGAGAAAGAGACAUCGGUUUUGUUUGAUUUUGAAAAAGAAGUCAUGCUGUCUUGGUGGCAUUUGUUUUUUGAUACGCCAGUGGUCUGGAUGCCCUGGUGAAGUUGUUGGCAGCUGCUGUACCAUGUGCUGUGCUGGUGAGGACUGUCAAGUGGACUCUGAACCCAUUCCUCCCUCCUGCCAUCUUGUUGGGUGAAGCAUCAUUUUAAUUUCUUUUUUGAAAAUCAGUUUCCUAACUGUGCCUAAUAGGGCCUUUUGAAAGAAAAAAAAAGUAUUCAUUUUGCCACCAACUACUUUGUAUGUCUUGAAUAGAAGAAGGAAAACAAAAAGAAAAAAGCCACUACCAAACCAAAGGUUGCUAUUUUUGAGACAUCGUGUGUUUAUUGCACAUGGCAGAAGACUGCACCUUCUUUCCCAUAACAUUCUGUGUUUUUUUUACUUAAGUCUUUAAUUCUUUUAGACCCAUUUAUUAGGUUUGUGUUUUAGCAAAGUGUAUCUACCUGGUCUUCCUGUCCACACAAAUACAGAGGUCCUGAGAGGACUGUGUUCUCUAUCCCUGUGGAUGUAAAGACACUGGCAAUUCUGUUACAUUUCCCUUCCCUUUUAAGGGUUUUAACUUUGGAAUCUUCCAAAGGAAGUUUGGCCAGUGCCAGAUCUCCCAGAGUUGGGGUUUUUGUUUUUGUUUCUUUCUUUGUUUUAAAUCAAAAUUGUGUCUGGUUCCUAUUGACACUACUGAUUGUUCUCAUCACAGAGAUGAACACGUUUCUCCCCUGUAUGGAAAGUGAGCAUCUUCCUUUAUGGUGAAACUUGUCUUUUCUGGUAAAAACUGAAGCCACUGAAAAUAAAGAAACAGCUAGAAGCACAGGAGAGUCCCAGACCAAGGUCUCCUUGGAGAGUCUUGGGAAGUGAUCCCUGGGUCUGGGGCCUUUUCGUGGGGCUAUGCCAUUUUAUUCAAGCUUGUUGUUCCAUUGUGUAUCUCCACAAUACAAACAAAAUGACAGCCAGUACAUAAGGGGUUAGCUUGACAAAGUAGACUACCUUGUGUUAAUUUUUAAUUUUUUUUUCUUACUAUAUCUGUCUACAGGCAGAUACAGAUAGUUGUAUGGAAAUGUGCUUGCCUGUAAUAUUUGCAUUUAUAAAUGUGUUGCCGAUGGAUCACUUGGGCCUGUACACAUACCAAUUAGCGUGACCACUUCCAUCUUAAAAACAAAUCUAAACAAAAUUUAUUAUUAUUAUAAUAUAUAUAUAUAUAAAGGACUGUGGGUUGUAUACAAACUAUUGCAAACACUUGUGCAAAUCUGUCUUGAUAUAAAGGAAAAGCAAACGCUGUAUAACAUUACUACUUGAAUGCCUCUGUGACUGAAUGUUUUUUUUUUCAUUUUAAAUAUAAACUUUUUUGUGGAAAGUAUGCUCAAUGUUUUUUUCCCUUCCCCCAUUCCCUUGUAAAUACAUUUCGUUCUAUGUGACUUGGUUUGGAAAUAGUUAACUGGUACUGUAAUUUGCAUUAAAUAAAAUGUAGGUUAGCCUGGAAAUGAAAUUAAAAUUCACAAGUGUGUGGUCUUUAUUUCAGUGCCCACUCCUCUUUCUUUACUCUGCCUACUUUGCCAUUGCAACAUAUAGUCACGUCACCUAUCCUCUCCUCUAACUGGGGAAACACGAAUCUUUGUUACGAACACACAACUCUCAUUCUUUGAAAUGACCUUGCUCUGAUGUAUAGACAGGAGGGGCAGCUUCUGGCCUGGAAACCCCUGGACUUAAUGUAGAGGACGUUCUGCAGAUACUGCUAUGGAAAGAAGAUGUCCCCAGAAGGGACAGUGGUAAAAGCGUUUGUAAGCUGCUGUCUUUGGUUACUGUGUCCAUGGUUUGGUGUGACUGUAUUUUCUUUUCUCUUCCGUCUUAUUAGUAAUGGUCUUUGGGAGUCUCUGUAAAACAUGAACGCCAUGGACAGUGGGUCUGUGUCACCCAUAUAACCAACACGUGUUUGAGGCUGCUCAUUUCCAGUACUGGAUAAUGUAUGUUAACAUGUUAUGUCUCUUAGUGCAAACAGAAACACUCUUUUUUUUUUUUUUUUUUUUUUUUUUAGGGCUGGCUUGUUGUCAGGCCUAAAGGUUAGAUUUAAGGUCAUGUGACUGCUGCUUCAAUAAAGACAAAUUUAUAUUCGAUUGAGUGUGGUCUUUUAUUUAGUGGGCUAGUUCUAUUAACAUUUUUAGAAGGGACUCACUGUGGUGCCACCUGCCUGUAAUUCCAGCACUGGGGAAUGGGGCUGGGUCAGCAGGGCGGUGGUCUCCAUCAUUUUUGGGUCCUACCGUGGCCAUUUGGGUUGGGACUAUAGGACCUGAAAGGUUCUUUAUUCCUGAGUCCUUCCAGGCAUAGUGCUGAACCAUAGGCCAGCAGCAGGGCUAGUCUUUCCGAGCACCUUGCAGUGUUAGAGAGCUGUGGUUCUGGGAAGAAGAGCAGCCUGAGUGAACUGAAACUGCUCUGCUGACUGGUGAGCUACCUGGAGCUGGGGUUGCCAGUUAAUGGUAGCUAGGAGUGGGUUGAUUGGUUUUUAAGUCUCUCUUCUUCCCAGAAAGCAAGGGUCACUCCUGGGCCUCCCGCAUGAAGAUUUGUCACUCAAGACAGUGGCUGCUGAGUGGUUCGUGCGUGAUGGGAGAGCCAGAGGCCUACAGUGGCUCACAGAUCUUUUCUCCUGCACUUUGGAAAUCGACCAAUCCCCUCUUGAGUGGGGAACCAGAAAAAGAAUUGUUGACACCAAGAUGCCUAGAAACCAAUACUUGCUUCUACUUGUUCAGAAGCUCAGGGAGGGGGCCGAAGAGGAAACCAGAUGGAGAGCAGGAAGGUUGGAUGGAUCUCUGAAUCUUAAAACUCAGCCAUGGCGCUAAGAGGAUGUAUAACCUAUCUGCGCUCUUUUGUGCCGCCAACCGUGAAUCGUACACAUUCUUGGAAUACGUGUUUACUGUCUGUGAUUCUUGUGCCCCUGCCAGUUUAGUGUUCAGGGCCCUGCCUGGGUAUUUUAAAACUCAGCUAGGAUAGGGAGUGUAUUCUGUAUUACAUCUUAAUCUUAACCUCACUUCUCCGACCCCACCCACGUCUAACUACUGUCAGGCUUUUGAAUGAGUAGCACCAAAGGUAACUUCCCAGAGGAAGAAGAGAUGCCUGUGUGGUUUAUGAAUAUAGUUGAAUAGAAUCUAGACUUCCAGAUGAGAAAUGUAUUGCUAGUUAUAACCAAGUCUUUAGUUAUACGAAAUCAUGAGUUUGCUGCAAAGGGCUUCAGGUUCUCCCAAACACAAAUGCUUUCUUUAUUUAUGUCUUUGUGUAGAAAUGGGGGUGGGGAGUGGCAGGGGAUUAAGCUUACUGUUUUGACUUCUGUACAUCUGAUGCCAGUACGGUUUGGCCUGUUUGUAAGAUGGCUAGAGUCAAGUAAUUACCUGUUGGUUAAAAUUCAGUUACUUUUAACUUCCUUUGCAACCGAGUAUUUUCACACAGUAACUACAUUUCUAUUAUGGCAUGUAUAUAUUUUUAUAUAUAAUAAUCAAGCACAAAAGCUAAUUAGGCGAAUAGCUCGUUUUUCUGUCGUAAAGGCAGAUGGUCAGGCUUAUAAAGAGCAAUGCUGAACUCAGAAGAGUACAGCUGUGUAUGUGUGCUUUGGGAUACUGUCUCUCUGUUUCCCCAGACUGCCCUGUAUUCUUACCUCAGUCUCGCCUGGCUCUGUUUUUUAUUUCUGUUUUCUCAUUCUCACAUUUUUUUUUUCUUUCCCAGAAAAAAAGGUCAAAAAAUAGGGGCUGGAGAGAUGGCUCAGCGGUUUAAGAGCACUUGAUUUUCCAGAGGACCAGAGUUCAGUUCCGAGCAUCCACAUCAGGUGGCUCACAACCACCUCUAACUACAGCUCCAGGGAACGCAGCGCCCUCUUCUGACCUCCUUGGGCAUCCGUACACACACACACACACAGAGAGCAAAAAUAAAUCUUUUUUAAAAUA